GUCAGCAUAUCCGUCACGAUACGUAACGGCAAGCGCUAAAUGGCACUUUCCCAUGACGGGCUGGCAAUCCAUGUCAGCAAACGUGCUGAGUCAUUUCCACAUCAAACCCUGGGCCCACGAAGAUGCAAAAAACACAAGCUGAUCGUCCGACUUCUCGUCUCCCUGCUCUCUAUUCAAACAGAAAUUCAGAAACUAAAAAAGCAAGGUCGGCUGAGAAAGACGGCAGAGAGAAGAAACAGAUUCAGCGAAGACAAUAUUGAGAAGAUUGGCGGCGGUCGAUUUAGAAAGACGGCGGACAGAAGAAAGGUAAACAAAAAAUUUCCGGUUGCCAUUGUUUCUGGUAACUGAAUAAGACCCCUGCAGCAUGCCAUUCUUUCUUUCUUCCUCUAACUUCAGAUUAUGUUUGUUGUUCGACUUGUUCUUAGGGAUUUAGAACGAGAGGCUGAAGGAUAUAGUUUGUUGAUGGCUUAAAAUAGGUGAGUGAAUAAAGAGAUUUUUACCUGAUCAUGUGAUGCUCUGUUCGUGAGUUAAAUUCUGAGUUUGUUCCUGUUUGGUGAAUAUUUAAGUUUUCUAUUGUUUGAACUUUCAAUUUAUUAUUGUAACAGAUUAUAGCACUGCAAGCUGCUGUUUCCUUCUGUUUUAGUUUGAAAAAUGAGUCCAACGAUCAGGGAAGUAGGAGACAGUGAGCUCAUUCCGACAUAUGGAGUCAAUGAUGACAAUUUCACAAUCGAGCUCCAUUAUAAAGGAGAAAUGGUGUAUAUAGUCGACAAAGACCUAUGUUAUUUCGGCGGUGAACUGAAAUAUUUGGAUUGGAUUGAUCCAGAUUGUUUAUCUUUGAUGGAGCUGGAUGGAUAUCUUGUAGAUUUCGGUUAUAUUGAAAGUGUCAGAUUGAUGGAGGAAUAUAGGACAGUUCAUGGUUGGACAUAUUAUUGGAGAAUUCCAGGUGAGCAGCUAAAGGAAGGGUUACAUGAACUGACCUGUGACAAGGACAUUCUAGAUAUGGCUACCAAGGUUAUUCAAGAUACCAAAUUUGUGGAGGUGUACCUAAUCAAUAAAGAAGAACUAAGUAAAGCUAGACUAGAAGCAGAUGGAGAAGAAAAUGACAGAGAAAGUGACCAAGACAUUCUGCAGAUCAACAUGACCAAUGAAAGAGAAGGUUGCAGAAUGGGAACAAGUGAGAAUGAUCAGGGACCAAGUUUAUAUGAUAAGGAUGAAUCAAAUUUGAUUCAUGUUGAUGGCAGGCUAUAUAAUGAAAGCAGGGAGACUGAUAUGGAUUGGCAAAUUAAUGUUUGGGAGACUGGCAGAGAAGGUGACACUAGGAAAUCAAAUGAGAUUCAUGUUGAUGGCAGGCUAGAUAGUGAUCAAGAACCAGGUUUGAAUGAUAAUGAUGAAUGUAGUGAUCAGGAACCAGGUUUUGAUAAUAAUGGUGAUGGUGACAACCAUCACAUUUUUAUUGAUGAUGCGUUUGAUGGAGAUACUGAGGAUGUCGUGUAUGAUUCAGAUUAUCUGGGCAGUGUCCACUCGGAUGAUGAAGCACAAAGAGUACCAAAUCGUUCAAGAUAUCCUGAGUUCAACCCAGAGAAAGACAUGAGUGAUCCUCAAUUCUGUCUACACCAAGUGUUCAGGGAUUUUGACACAUUUAAGGAUGCCAUCAAAAAUUACUCCAUCAACAGCAAACAGCCUCUCAAGUUCCAACAUAGUGACAAGAAAAGAGUUCAGGUUGUUUGUCAAACAGGAUGCCCUUGGAACAUAUGGGUAGCUCCAACAGACGACGGAAAGGCUGUUCAAAUAAGGUCAUGUUUUCUGCAGCAUGAAGGUUGUAUCAUGGUGUUCAAGGACAAGGGCAAGGGCAGCCAAGCAAGCUUCCUGUUGUACCAAGACCACGUCCCAAUGCAGAAAAUGGAGGAAAAGAGUCAAAGGGGAAGGAGAAUAUGUGAUGCAGCAAUCUUAUUGUUUUUCUGGUUUAUUGUGGUCCAGCAACUUACCAUGUGUGAGCUGGUUUUUUUGGUUUAUGGUAGACCAGCAACUUACCAUCUGUUAUAUGGUUCAUUGUAAGCUGGUUUUUUGGUGACUGCAGUCCAGCAACUAAUACAUGCUAAGCUGGUUUUUUUGUUUGACUGUUGUCCAGCACCUCGAACUUAAUGAGAUUCAUGAGCUGGUUUUUUUGUUAUAUGUUUCAAUCGCAUAAACUGUAUUGUUGUCU